AUGGCAUUCACCCCAGGAGACAGAGGAGGCAGAGGCGGACGAGGUGGUUUCACACCAAGAGGUGGACGAGGCGGUUUCGCUGAUCGUGGCGGACGCGGCGGCGGCCGAGGUGGAUUUACUCCCCGUGGCGGACGUGGAGGUGUAGGCGGCGACCGUGGUGGUCGUGGUGGACGUGGUGGUGGCCGUGGAGCCCCUCGAGGCCGUGGUGCACCCCGUGGUGGUGCGCGUGGUGGUGCCAAAGUGGUCAUCGAACCACACAGGCUCUCUGGUGUCUUUGUUGCUCGCGGCAAGGAAGACUUGCUCGUUACCAAGAACUUGACACCCGGCGAGUCUGUCUACAACGAGAAGCGUAUCUCCGUUGAAGGUACAGAUGGCACAAAGACAGAGUAUCGUGUAUGGAACCCCUUCCGAUCCAAGAUCGCUGCUGGUAUUCUCGGCGGUGUGGACCAGAUCCACAUCGGUCCUGGCAAGAAGGUUCUCUACCUCGGUGCUGCUUCUGGUACAUCCGUCUCUCAUGUCGCAGACAUUGUGGGCCCUGAAGGUCUCGUCUACGCCGUCGAGUUUUCACACCGUUCCGGUCGUGACUUGAUCAACAUGGCCAAGAAGCGUACCAAUGUCAUUCCGAUCGUCGAAGAUGCUCGUCACCCACAGAAGUACCGCAUGCUCGUUGGUAUGGUCGACUGUGUCUUCCUCGAUGUAGCACAGCCCGACCAAGCUCGUAUCGCUGCACUCAACGCUCACAUGUUCCUUAAGCAAGGCGGUGCUAUUCUCAUCUCCAUCAAGGCUUCAUGUAUCGACUCUACCGCUGAUCCUACUGCUGUCUUUGCAGCUGAAGUCCAAAAACUCCGUACAGAUGGCUUCAAGCCAAAGGAACAGCUGACACUCGAGCCAUACGAGCGUGAUCACUGUCUUCUUCGUGCCGAGUACGUUUAG